UCUCUCUCUAGAUUUGACUCGGAGUUUUGUGUAUUUUUUCUCUCUCUAAACCAGCCCGCUAUUUUUGCGUCCCUAUCCCGGCCUAUCAAAGCGAGUUUGUGUUACUCUCAAGUCUAAGCCACUCUUUUCUCUCUCUAAACAGAGCUUGUGUUACACCCGCCAUUUUUAUCUAUGUAGGUUGCGGAAACCCAUGAAAUCCCCAUUUUCCUAUUUCUCUCUCUAAUGAAUUAUAAAAAUGGCAGUUGAAUACCCAAGUGCCCUAAUUCAAAAGAUCAAAACACAUCUCAGAAAUGGGGCUGGUUUGUCGUCUUAUGAUCCCAGUGCCUCUGAUAUCUCUAGUUUUGCCUCUUUGGACCGAACAAUCUCUAGUUUUAACCCUUCUCCCGCAUAUCUGAGAUGCAUAAAAUGCCAAGGAUGGUUACCCAGAGGUUUGAGGGCUCACAAUUGUAUGUUUUGUGGAGCUCAACAGAGGAGGCCUGGUUUAGAUUCGACAAUUCGGUUUGGUUCGACUCAUAGUUAUCGGAGAUUUCUCGAUUCUUUUGGGCUCAAUAGAUCUGAGGCUGUUCCUUUAGUUAUUGAAGCUCAUGAUCCCCAAGAAGGCCAGAGUGCAUCAAAGGAGGAUUUAGUUAGGUUUGAUCUGUCAGAUUUGCAAUUGAAGUGGCCAGAGGAAACAGAAGAUAUUGAAAAUAGCAGCACAAAGAACAUAGCCCCACCAGUUUUAAAUACAAAACCUUUGAACCUGGAAGGAGUUGACCUAGAUAACUUUUUCUCUGGACCGCAAACACAACCAGGUCCCUCCAAGGCAGAUGAUCAACAGGUGAGCAAUGGGCAGGUCAGCGAUGCCAAAAGUCACUUGCCUUCUCAGACAAGUGUGGGUGUAGUGGAAAAUAGGAUUGGUUCUUCUCACACAGAGAAUCCCGGAUUAACUAAUGCAGUUGAGAGAGAGAAUCCAUCAUCUUCUUGGGAGGCUGAUUUUAAGCCUGUGGGUUCCGAAUCUCUUAAUAUAGAAACCUCACAAGUGGACCCAUUUUUUGCUUCUACAAGCAUAACCCAGAAUCUCAUGACUUCUGCUCAGACCAACGAUGGUAUCAUCGAACCCCAGAGAGAUUCUUUUCAUGCAAAAAAUCCUGAAUUAGCUAAUGAAGGAGAAGACAGAGAGAACCCAUCAUUUUCUUGGGAAGCCGAAUUUCAAUCUGCAACUGUGGAACCUCUAAACAUUGAAGGCACGCCAGUGGACCCGUUUUCAGCUUUCACAAAUUUAAGCAAAACAGAAGCACUUAUUGGUGACUCUAAUCCAGGAGUAGACGCAGGCAACCCAGUGGAGCCAUUUUCAGCUUCCACAAAUUUAAGCCAAACAGAAGUACUUAAUAGUGACUCUAAUCAAGGAGUAGACCCAUUUUCAGCUUCCACAAAUAUAAGCCAAACUGAACUACUGAUUAAUGAUUCUAAUCAACGCAUGGACACAUUUUCAGGUUUGACGAAUAUUGUCCAAACUGAAGUACAGACCAGAGACUCCAAUCAAGUGUUUUCCUUGGAGAAGAGCUGGGUUGAAAGUGACCUUUGGCGAAGUGCUAGUGUUGAAGUCUCAAAGGAAGUCAAGCCUGUGACUGAAAAUGAUGAUUCAUUUGAUGAUUGGCAAGAUUUUACUGGCUCGGUGAGUGCUCCAGAUCCUUUAAGUGCUUGGCAGAAAACAAGUGGUUCAAAAUAUAGAGAAGAUUCUAAGAGUAUGAAUUUUGACGGCUUCACAAAUGAUUCUCAAGAAACUCAGAUUGAUAAUUCUGUUGGUUUGGAUAUCUUUCCUGGAGUGUCAAGCACUCCAAAUGGUAAUAUUGAUGCGAGAUCUGCAGAGAUUGAGGCUUCUACCAUUGACAGGUUCAACUUUGAGGGAUUCGAAUCGAUAUCAGGUGUAGAAACCAGAAGUGAAAGCAACAAAAAUUCAUUUGCUGCGAACAAAUCUGAAAAUGCAAAUUACAUGGUGCAAACGCUGUUAUCAGAGAUGCCAGACCUUUCAUUCAUGCUUGAAGACAAGCUUUCCAUUCCAAAGAAGACUGAUGCUUCUGGUUGAAUAUGGAGCGCGGUGCAAUCAUGAUUUUGUGUAACAUUACCUCUUUCAGUGAUUUCAUCUCUCUAUUUCCCUGUUAAUUGAGGUUGAAAUCUCGAUUUGUAUAAUCAUUUUAUUACGUUUUGAGUUCUGAAUUCCGAGGUUCAUUGUGGGGUAACAAUCAUCAUUAUCAAGUUGUUGGUUUCAAAGAUUGUUUUCA